ACGCUCACCUUUUUUGACACUGGAGUGAUUCACCUCCCCCCACUGAUUGACUAUUAGACGUUUGUCCAUACAUAUUUUUUGUUUUUCCGCUUCGCUAAAGUACCAACGAUAAUCUUUAUAUUUGUUUUUCCUUUGGUUGCGUUGUGCGUGACUGACAGCGUUUUACACGACCGAUGAUGGCGAACCAGACCAUUAACGGGAUGAAUGGAGUGACCGCGGGUAACGGGCACAGGGAAAGGGCUCUGGCCGGCGCGGUGGGACCCAAGCGCUGGAACGUGCAAGCCUCCGAGAUGGCCAAGAGGACCUUCAACCCGAUCCGUGCCAUCGUGGACUCCAUGCACAUCGAGCCCAACCCCCACAAGGCCAUGAUAUCUCUUUCCAUCGGCGACCCCACGGUGUUCCGUAAUCUGCCCACGGACAACGAGGUACGCACGGCCGUCAAGGAGGCCAUCGACUCUGGCAACUACGACGGCUACGCCCCCUCCAUAGGUUAUCAACAAGCAAGAGAGGCGAUCGCGGAUUACUACACCUGCGCUGAAGCCCCUUUGGAGGCCAGGGACAUCGUCCUCAGCAGUGGCUGCAGCCAGGCCAUCGAGAUGGCGAUCACCGUGCUGGCGAACCCCGGAGACAACAUCCUGGUUCCCCGACCCGGCUUCUCGCUCUACCAGACGCUGGCCACCUCGCACGGAGUUCACGUCAAGCACUACGACCUGCUGCCAGACCAGUGCUGGGAGAUCGACCUGGAGCACAUGGAGUCGCUGGUGGACGCGCGCACGGCCUGUGUGGUGGUGAACAACCCCUCCAACCCGUGCGGCUCCGUGUUCAACCGCGAGCACAUCCUCGACAUCCUGGCCGUUGCUGAAAAGAACAGGGUCCCUAUCCUCGCAGAUGAGAUAUAUGGAGAUAUGGUGUUCCCCGGGCAUCAGUACCAUGCCAUGGCCCCACUGACGAGCGAGGUGCCCAUCCUUGCGUGCGGGGGGUUAGCAAAGCGCUGGCUGGUACCGGGCUGGCGCAUGGGCUGGGUCUUCAUCCACGACCGCCACCAGAUCUUCGGACAAAAUAUACGCGAUGGACUGUUGCGGCUCAGCCAGAAGAUUCUGGGACCCUCCACAGUGAUCCAGGGAGCACUGAAGCGGAUCCUGAACCACACUCCCAGCGACUUCUACCAGAGAACUGUGGAGUUCAUCAAGGACAAUGCCGAGUAUUGCUACAACACCCUAACCACAGUCCCUGGUCUCAAGCCGUUCAUGCCGUGUGGAGCAAUGUACAUGAUGGUUGGAAUACAGAUGGAUAAGUUUCCCGAAUAUAAGGACGACGUGCAGUUCACCCAGAGACUCAUAUCAGACCAAUCGGUCUUCUGCCUCCCGGCCAAGUGCUUCGAGUACCCCAACUAUUUCCGCGUGGUGCUGACCGUGCCCCGCGAGAUGCUGGAGGAGGCGUGCAUGCGCAUCCAAGAUUUCUGCGCGCAGAACUACAUCGGCACGCAGCCAUAGCGCCCUGGUGAUAGCAACAACAACGCCACCCGCCAUUCACCUCUGAGUGGCGGUGAUGCACCUGUACCAGGGCACGUGCACUUUGAAGCCACGUGAAGUGAUAGCAUCCCUCGAAUCACUCUCACUGACGCCCAGUGCUCAAUUUCAGCCAAAACUGCCUGGACCCUGUCCCAGGAAUCAUUUUGGAAUGAUUAUUUUUGGGCUAUUAUUUUUCAUUUUAAACAUUUUCAUUGGAUUAUGUAUGGUACAAUAAAGGUACAUUAUUAUGGAUAGGCGUACCUUACACACUAGCGGUCAUCUUUUAUUUCAAUAAGCCCUACCUCCUAACAGGACUAGCAGCUUUACAGAAAAUAUCGAGUCUGAAAUUAAGCUCUUGGUAACACCACUGCAAAAUGUUUUCGCAGUUGUGUUCUAUAGCUUUCCGAUGGAUUUUAAGGGUUGCAUUGGCGCGAUUACUAAUGAAAACUUCAGACUUCGUGCCGAACAAUACGCACAACAACCAGAAAACACAGCCAAGAGCUCUCGCUUUUAUUCAAUUAACCUUUCUAUUGUGUGUUUGCGAAAAAAUUGCAAGCAAUUUAUUUUCCAUUCUUUGUCAGGUUGUGAUUUUUUUUUAUUGCUAUGGUUGGUAUCAUUAUUUAUACAGGGUUUUUUUUUCUAAAUCAUUAACAUUUUUAACACGUUUUACCGCACGGGAUUUUAACAUUUUAUGCCUACGUAAAUAGAAGCAUACGACAAGACUCCACGCACUAUGCACUUACAGCGCUGCCCAUGGCAGUUGCUCCCAAGUUCAAUUUGAUUUUGUUGAACCAUAUGAGAACUCAAAGAUGUCAGCAUGAGUCUCCUUUGCAUUUGUGCACGUUUAUUUACGGUCACGUGCUCAAUUGAAACCGUGUGAAAAAAAUAUUUUACUUUGCUGAAAUGUGCAUGAAAGUGGUACCAGUUAAUAUUUUAUAUUUCUUUAAAACCAUAUACAGUCGAUUGCUUUCCAGACUCGUGACUGCACUGCCCCCAAGAGGAAUACAUUUGCAAUAACGUGUUACACUUAAAUCAUUGAGGUAUCAAUUUCCAUUUAAUCAUUAAAAACUAUUUCCCGCAAUGUUUGACAUCCGUGCUAUCGCAGUCAUGUGAUGAGACGAAUGAUCUAUUCAGAAAUCUCACUAGUGUAGUGCUCUGUGAUCUUUCUGAAUAUUCAGAUAUCUAAUUAGAAAUCCCACCGCGGUGCAUCAGUCUGCCUGAUAACAGUCUGCGGAGAAAAACCCUUCCCAGGGCCUUUCUCAAAUAUUUAUUUAAGCAGAUGUAUUGAGCAAAUUAUGCAGUCACGAAAGCUUUAAUUCUUUAUUAACACACUUCCACGGGGAAGUUACCUUUACAAUUCUGUCCUAAACCUAUUGCGCCCCUUGCUCUCUUCGGCCCCUCUCCCCACCUCUACUGCUUAUUUUAAGCCUCUGUCUGUUCAUCCCUCCGGCCCUUUUUCCUGCUUCUCUGUCCGUCUUUCCUCUUCUUGCCUCUUGGUGUCCCUGUCUAUGUAUUUCUG